UCUUAUUGUGUUAUUUAUGUCAUUAUGUUAUUUCUGUAUAUUUCUCAUUAUAUAGAUAGCAGUUAUAUGCUACCAGCAGUCAGUCACAUCUCAGCAGCAGUACACAGUAUUAAAUCCAGGACAAUCAGUGCCCUAUGCUUGGGACGAAGUAACUUUGCCCGAAAAACUUUGUCUCCACAUUAAAGAUGUUUCGGAGCCACGCCCAUUUGACCUGAGCAGCUUUGGACCUCAAGGGAAGGUUUAUUAUGAGAGCUACUUCUACAUCGUUGCCAUGGAUACCAAAACCGACCAAUCGCAUUUACCGGAGAGCCACAGGCUUGAGGGAGAGCUGGUCCUUGAUGUACCUCAAGGAAGAGCCGUACUCUUAACUAGGAAAGGUCUUGAAAGGAGGACUCAGCUAUGGAGGAUGACUGCCAGAGGCCAGUUGGUACACAUUUCAUCUUCAUCCUCAAAAUCGGCUAAUUUUGUACUGGAUCUAGCCGGGUCUGUGCCUCCUAAUUAUCGCCAUAGCAACAGGCCACUCCCCCUCGUCAUAUCAAGGGCUAAUGAGAGACGGUCAUCAACACAAUCAUGGGAAUUUAAAAACGGGAGAUUGGUCCUCUCCUCCUACCCUCACUUGUGUGUCCAGGUUCGUCAUGGUUACGAGGGUAAGGUGGACGGUAUGGAUGCUGUGGUUGGUUGUGUCGGCAGUGGAGACAAGGAGGAGCUCAGGAGACUCAAGAAAUCCCCCGGGAGUGGAGUACUCUCUGUAUCUCUGGUACCUGAUGGACCCACUCGUGUCCUUAGAAUCACUGAUGAGAGCAAAAAAUACACUAUAUCAGGUGCUACUGAUGAUUGGAUUAUAGUGGAGCAUGGACUAAUAGCACCAGCUUUAUCAUCUUCAACUGUUGAGCUAACUAAUGAAGAGACUGACGUUAAAACUGAAUUAUCAGUUUCAUUUACACUUGAGAAGGGAGUGAGUGUUUCCCUGAUCAACUCAACUCCAGAGGAACUAUUGCUAGCUACAGUAACUGGAGUCCGUAUUGAAUUUGUCAGUACUGCAGUUCACCAGUGCAUCAAUGCCACCAUACAGUACAUACAGGUAAGCUUUAUAGCACCUGACUUUUGAGCUGCAAAAUUCUUACUGAUUAGCAUGCACUGAAGCUACUGUUCAAAGUUCAAACACUAAUAAUGGCAGGUGCUGACAUUGCAAAACUAAUUUUUUUAAAAAGCUCAGAAUAAGAGCAAUUUUAGCAACAUAUGUUAUUUUUAAUACUUUUAAUAUUUAAAAGUAUUAAAAAUAAUACUUUUGACAAAGAAAUGAUAGAAUUAAUCCGCCUCCAUUUCACUAUACGAGAAAUACCCUCCCUACCUUAUUAUUGGAUAAUUGAAUGAUUUAAAGUCAUGAUUUAAAUAUGUAGUACACAUCUGAAUGACUCAUUGUUUUUACUAUUAUUAUUAGGUUGAUAAUCAGAUGCAUAAUGGGUUUCAUCAGAUUGUUCUGUUCCCCACUCCUCCUCCCUCAGGAGAGUUGGAUACUAACUUCCCAGUCAUCAGUUGCUUCAUUGAGAGA